GGCACUUAGAGAAAUAGAUUGGAGUGGAGUAGCAGAUAGGAGAAGAUCAGCUGCAUUAAAGUGACUCUCAUAGAUCACCUGCCUGUGCCCAGCUUGGAUUUUGCAUUUCUAAACCACAUUUGAUUUAUAGACUGUCUAUAACUUACACUAUCUUAUACAAAUUCCCUUAUACUCGUUUGUUAAAAUGGAUGCUACUAUUUUUUAAAUCAUUAUGGAUGAAAUAGACCCUAACUGCAGCUUUUUGAUGCUUGGCACGACACUUUCAACGAGAGCGCAUCUUUCUCCUUUGUGGAUUUUUGAGGGUUAUAUUGCAAUGCUACGACCGAUCAGAUAGGAACUUGCUGGCCAAGAGUAAUGCGGGGCAUCUUGUGGAGAGACCUAGUCCAGAGAGUUUUCAAUGGAGUUAAAUAUAACACGACAAGAAAUGCAUACAGAGAAUGCAUGGAAAAUGGAACAUGGGCCUCCAGGAUAAACUACUCUCAGUGUGAACCUAUUUUGGAAGAAAAGAGGAAAUAUCCAAUGCACUACAAGAUUGCCCUGAUUAUUAACUACCUUGGGCAUUGUAUAUCAGUUGGGGCUCUCGCAGUGGCCUUUUUGCUUUUCUUAUGCUUGAGAAGUAUCAGAUGCCUUCGGAACAUUAUCCAUUGGAAUCUGAUUACCACAUUUAUCCUUCGAAAUGUAAUGUGGUUCUUACUUCAAAUGAUAGACCAUAAUAUACAUGAGAGCAAUGAGCCCUGGUGUCGCCUUAUCACAACUAUAUACAACUACUUUGUAGUGACCAAUUUCUUUUGGAUGUUUGUUGAAGGAUGCUAUCUCCACACAGCUAUAGUAAUGACGUAUUCCACGGACAAGUUGAGGAAAUGGGUUUUUCUUUUUAUUGGAUGGUGUAUCCCUUGUCCAAUUAUAGUGGCAUGGGCUGUGGGGAAGUUAUACUAUGAAAAUGAACAAUGUUGGUUUGGUAAAGAGCCUGGGAAGUAUAUUGACUACAUCUAUCAAGGCCCAGUGAUUCUUGUACUAUUAAUCAAUUUUGUUUUCCUUUUCAACAUUGUAAGGAUCCUUAUGACAAAACUUAGAGCCUCAACCACUUCGGAAACAAUACAGUACAGGAAAGCUGUUAAGGCCACACUGGUCCUUUUACCUCUACUUGGCAUCACCUAUAUGUUGUUCUUUGUGAAUCCAGGAGAAGAUGACAUCUCACAGAUAGUUUUCAUUUACUUUAAUUCAUUUUUGCAGUCCUUCCAGGGUUUCUUUGUUUCUGUUUUUUACUGCUUCCUAAAUGGGGAGGUGCGUUCAGCUGUAAGAAAAAGAUGGCAUCGUUGGCAAGACAAUCAUGCUCUUCGAGUACGAGUAGCAAGAGCAAUGUCAAUCCCAACAUCUCCGACCCGCAUCAGCUUCCACAGCAUAAAGCAGACAACAGCUGUUUGACACUAUUAACCACCAGUGGCCUUUACAGCAAUUUUGCACUCUGAGUUUAUUUUUCUUUUUUCCCAUUAAAAAUACAAAAAGAUGCAAAAAAAAAUGUUUAAGCAGGUUGAUGCAUUGUAGAUUUUUGCAGUGAAACAAAAGAAAAAACAACUAAAUGCAGUCAACAAACACAACAUGAAGAUUAAAGACAAACAUUUGGUAAAAUCACAUCUCAAAGGAUAAAGAUUCCUCACAACCUGCUCAGUCUUAUAAGCUGUGUAGAUUUAUUUGAUUUUCAUUCUGAGAAAAGAAUCAUGGCACAAACAACUUGUACAGAAGAAUAUGAGCUAGGAAUGUGUCUUACACUUGGAAGAUGGAAGAUUGUAAAUGUAUUUAAUUGUAUUUCAAAUGCUAUAGGCAUAUAUCUAGAAUGAUUUUGGUAAGCUGUACCAUUAUGUUUUAUAUUUAUUAUUGUUGCUGUAUUUUUAACAAAUUAUUUUGUUAUGACAGUAGCUAUUGAUUGAUUCCCUUUUGAAAUCUAUGUGUAUCUGGAAUAUUUUAUACAUAUAUACUAUAUUUACCUUUGAUUGUCAUGCACAAUUUUAGCCCAACUGUUUUCUAAUCAAAAAAUCAUGAAACAUUCUGUGAUCAAUUGUAUUUCAUCAAUACAAAGAAUAAGUAAUAAGCAUUUUAAAAAUCGUAUAUUUGAAAAUGAGAUAAAAUUAUAGUUAUCAGUUUUGAUGUGUGAAUUUAAAAAAAUUAAAAGGUAAUAGUCAAAAUAAGGCCUUGUACUACUUGUACGGUAUUUAAAUAUUUGUGUAAGGAAACAUGACUUUUACUGUUUAUUCACAAUUUUAAUUGCAGCUAUGAUCAAAGCAACUGAAAUCAUGUAUUUUUAAAUCUUUAAUAUAUUUUCUUUAUAAAUAUAAUAAAACCACAGAGGAUCUAUACCGGUACCCCAUCCAAGUUUGGCUUCUGCCUUGUGUCUGAUGCUUCUGGAAUAGUCUUUGGCAACUAGAAACUGGAAUAAAUGAUUUCAGAAAGUGAAUGGUUGAGAAAUGGUGUUCUAUGAUCAGUUUAGACAACAGUGUGACUGACAGUGUACUUUAUAGUAGUAAAGUGCAAUUAACAUAAAAACUCUUGGAAGAAAUGGAAAUAAUUAUUUUGUGAAUUUUGGCCAAGUGCCUCA